AUGACGCCGGGCUACAGUAAAUUGUUGAUCAACGAGAACGUGGUCCCAGACACUGGUGCCCAUCCAGAGACCACCGCUCUUGACUUGAAUAUGAUGACAGUGGGCUCCUGUGAGCGCACACAGGGCCAUUGGACCCGACUUCUCGAGAGGGCUGGGUUGAAAAUCCUCAAUAUCUGGACUGUGACAAGGGGUGUCGAGAAUCUGAUUGAAUGUGUUUGUGAGAACUGA